AUGCAGACCGAGGGGCCCCAGUUCAGUUCUACAAAACGAGAGGAGAACCCAGGCCCUUCUCCCCGUCUGCAUGGGUCUGUCUGCUCUUCCGUUCUAGGUAGAUUAAAAGAUGAAGAAAUUCGAUGUCGAAAAUACUUGCACCCAAGUUCAUAUACUAAAGUGAUUCAUGAAUGUCAGCAACGAAUGGUAGCAGACCACUUACAGUUCUUACAUGCUGAAUGUCAUAAUAUCAUUCGACAAGAGAAAAAAAAUGGCAUGGCAAAUAUGUAUGUCUUACUCCAUGCUGUGUCUACUGGUUUACCUCAUAUGAUACAGGAGCUGCAAAAUCAUGUCCAUGAUGAGGGUCUUAGAGCGACCAGUAAUCUUACUCAGGAAAAUAUGCCAACACGAUUUUUGGAGUCAGUUUUGGAAGUACAUGGUAAAUUUGUUCAACUUAUCAACACCGUUUUGAAUGGUGAUCAGCACUUCAUGAGUGCAUUGGAUAAGGCUCUUACAUCAGUUGUAAAUUACAGAGAACCCCAGUCUGUUUGCACAGCUCCUGAAUUACUUGCUAAGUACUGUGACAACUUACUAAAGAAAUCAGCAAAGGGGAUGACUGAGAAUGAAAUGGAAGGCAAACUUACCAGCUUCAUUACUGUUUUCAAAUAUAUCGAUGAUAAAGAUGUUUUUCAAAAGUUCUACGCAAGAAUGCUGGCGAAACGUUUAAUUCACGGGUUAUCUAUGUCUAUGGAUUCUGAAGAAGCCAUGAUCAAUAAAUUAAAGCAAGCAUGUGGUUAUGAGUUUACCAGCAAGCUACAUCGGAUGUGUAAAGAUAUGAGUGUCAGUGCUGAUCUCAACAAUAAGUUCAACAAUUUUAUCAAAAAUCAAGACACAGUAAUAGAUUUGGGAAUUAGUUUUCAAAUAUAUGUUCUACAGGCUGGCGCAUGGCCUCUUACUCAGGCUCCUUCAUCUACAUUUGCGAUUCCCCAGGAAUUGGACAAAAGUGUACAGAUGUUUGAAUUAUUUUACAGCCAGCAUUUCAGUGGAAGGAAACUUACAUGGUUACAUUACCUCUGCACAGGUGAAGCUAAAAUGAACUAUUUGGGCAAACCAUAUGUAGCCAUGGCUACAACAUACCAAAUGGCAGUUCUUCUAGCCUUCAACAACAGUGAAACUGUCAGCUAUAAAGAGCUUCAAGACAGCACACAGAUGAAUGAAAAGGAACUGACAAAAACAAUCAAAUCGUUACUUGAUGUGAAAAUGAUUAACCAUGAUUCGGAAAAGGAAGCUAUUGAUGCACAAUCUUCAUUUUCAUUAAAUAUGAACUUCAGCAGUAAAAGAAAAACAUUUAAAAUUACUCGAUCAAUGCAGAAAGACACACCGCGGGAAAUGGAACAAACUAGAAGUGCUGUCGAUGAGGACCGGAAAAUGUGUCUCCAAGCUGCUAUAGUUCGUAUCAUAAAAGCACGAAAAGUGCUUCGGCAUAAUGCCCUUAUUCAAGAGGUGAUUCGCCAGUCAAGAGCUAGGUUUAACCCUAGUAUCAGCAUAAUUAAGAAGUGUAUUGAAGUGCUGAUAGACAAACAGUACAUUGAACGCAGCCAGGCUUCAGCAGAUGAAUACAGUUACGUAGCAUGAUGUCGCGCUCCUCCU